GCCCCGCGACGCGCCGGCAGCUGGCGCAGCCCUUCGCUCGGCCGGCCUCCCCGUCCCCGGGUACGCGCACUGGUUCCGCCAUGGAAUCCAACAAGGAUGAAGCCGAGCGCUGUAUCAGCAUCGCCCUCAAAGCCAUCCAGAGCAAUCAGCCCGACCGAGCGCUCCGCUUCCUGGAGAAGGCGCAGCGGCUGUACCCGACGCCGCGGGUUCGCGCACUGAUCGAGUCCCUCAACCAGAAACCGCAGCCCGCCGGUGACCAGCCCCAACCCACAGACACGACCCAUGCAACUCGCAGGAAAGCAAGUGGGCCUGAGGCCCCCUCGGCCAACGGGGAGGCUGGAGGUGGAGAGAGCACCAAAGGCUACACUGCAGAACAAGUAGCAGCCGUGAAAAGGGUCAAGCAGUGUAAAGAUUACUACGAGAUCCUGGGGGUGAGCAGAGGGGCUUCAGACGAGGACCUGAAGAAGGCCUACCGCAAACUGGCCCUCAAAUUCCACCCAGACAAGAACCACGCGCCUGGCGCCACUGAGGCUUUCAAAGCCAUUGGCACGGCCUAUGCGGUACUUAGCAACCCCGAGAAGAGGAAGCAGUAUGACCAGUUUGGUGAUGACAAGAGCCAGGCGGCCCGGCACGGCCACGGGCACGGGGACUUCCAUCGCGGCUUUGAGGCCGACAUCUCUCCUGAGGACCUCUUCAACAUGUUUUUUGGUGGUGGUUUCCCUUCUAGUAACGUCCAUGUCUACAGCAACGGCCGCAUGCGCUAUACCUACCAGCAAAGGCAGGACCACAGAGAGAACCAGGGUGAUGGCGGGCUGGGGGUCUUUGUCCAGUUGCUGCCCAUCCUCGUCCUGAUCCUCGUGUCAGCUCUCAGCCAGCUCAUGGUCUCCAGUCCACCCUACAGCCUGAGCCCGAGGCCGUCGGUGGGUCAUGUCCACAGGCGAGUCACUGACCACCUGAAAGUCAUCUACUACGUGGCAGACUCCUUCUCCGAGGAGUACACAGGCUCCAGCCUCAAAACAGUGGAACGGAACGUGGAAGAUGAUUAUAUUGCCAACCUCCGAAACAACUGCUGGAAGGAGAAGCAGCAAAAGGAAGGCUUGCUGUACCGGGCCCGCUACUUCGGCGACACAGACAUGUACCACAAAGCACAGAAGAUGGGCACCCCAAGCUGUAACCGACUGUCAGAGGUGCAGGCCUCCCUGCAUGGAUAGUCCUGGGCAGCUACGCCACCGAGGUCCAAACUAUGAAAUCCCUGGAGAAUUUUUGGUGACAUGCACUGAGCCAAGGUGAUGGACUGUAUAUUUAAGGAAAGACAUAAAAAGACAAAAAAAAUUAAAGUGGAGUCGGAGGCCGAACACGGCACAACUGCCCUCUCUCUCCCUGAGUAAAUGCAGACCAUUCUUAGGACUAGGACAGACAGGAAGGCCUGCCACGGGGCUGCUUCCCUUCCUCCCAGUGCUGGCAAGGCCCCAGCUCCACAGCGCUCUCUCCUAGGAUACAGAAACCAUGGCAACGAAAGUAGAAUAUAAAACUUGCAGCAAAUGGCUGGGGGAGGGGGCGGUCACUGCCUUUCUUCCCCCUCCCAGGAGUCACUGUCACCUCUCAGUAGAAGCUUGUCGGAGGCGUUGGCCAAGGAUAGAGGGAGGAAAGAAGCCUCUCCUUAGAAUGUAAUUUAUAGAUGCACGUAUAUGUAUAUAUAUAUAUCUAUUUAUAUGUAAAUAGGCAUAUAUAAAGAUAUAUAUAUAGUCUACUUUUUAAACUACGCAGGGAUUUGGUUUAGCAGAUUUCUUCCCUGUUUUAGAAAGCUAGGCCUGUUUGGGGACGGCAGCCUGAUCCGUCAGAAGUCCAACUUAGCCAUAGCUGACAGCCUGAGAAGUCAGGUCAUAAAACAUUUCCCCAGCCUGUUUUCGAAGGCAGUAGUAAUCAUGAUAGUAUAAAUUCAAUGGAAACUUUGAAGGUUACCGGGUUUACAGUCAGGCUGGAGAGGAGCAGGCUGUCGGGGGGGGCGGGGAAGGUGCCCCUGGGGGCAGGUACCAGCUCAGUAUUGGGUCACAGUAGACGCCACAGACAGGACCUGCUGGGGUGAGAGAGCUCACCUCAAGCUGCUCCUCCCCUUUGGCAAGCUCAGGUGGGCUUCUUUGCCCUGGGUUCCAGGAGCCCUCCAAGACAAUGCUAGCAGAGAACGGCAGGGCCCGGAGAGGGAGAGCAGGCCCUGCCCGGCCGCCUCUCCCACCUCUAGUCCCUAAGUGGGUUUUGCCUUAUUGGUGCCCCAGGGCACAAAUCCGUGUUGCCACUGAUUUCUCCUGAGUCUGUACCAGGGACUCCGGAAGACUGUUCCUCCACAGAUCAGCUAGGUGACACCCAGGACCCCAGGGCCUCAGCCGGACUCCUUCCUGAAGAAAAGUCAUGCCUGUGGCCACCAGGGUCUUCACCUCCGUGGCUAUGGCUCCACCAGGGCCUUCUCGUGCACUUUGGAUGAAGGAUAUACCUGGACCAGAAUGGUUUUCUUAUUCUCACCUCCAAAUGAGGAUUUUUCUCAAAAUAGCAGCUGCUGCCAGGAAAAGGGAGGGAGGUUUUAUUUAUCCCCACAGUUUGUACUGGGCCUUUUGGAAUUUCAAUUUUUCUCGAAUUUUCCUUUGGCGGUGGGUGUGUCGUUGAGCCUGCCAUCUUCCAAAGCCUUACUUCCCCAAGCUGCCGGCCAGGAGAUAAAUAUCCUCUCAAUUUCUCUUGGCUUUUUUUUUUUUUUAAUCUCCAACAAAUAGGAUUCUUGAUGGGAAAAGGAAGCUUGGUAAGAAAAUGUCAAAUCUGUUGUUUAAACAAGGUCCUGUGCUGUGAUGAGGCGGCCCCUGUGGCCCCGAGAGCUGAUGAGAACUGGAAGAGGCAUGAAUACCGCCUGCGGUGGCCCUGGUGCUCUGCCCGCACCACUGCGACUGGCUGGUCUUGGUAAAUGUCCCUGGAUGGGCUGAGCCAUGUGCAAUAAGAACACAGAUCCCAAUGGAUCCCCUGAAAAGCUGUAUUUCUUCAAUUAGAAUUCUGAAAUUGUACAUCUAUAAAUAUAUGUUUAUUAUGUGA